AUGUCUCAUCUCCCUCAAAACGUCGACGUCUUGAUCGUGGGCAGCGGCAAUGCUGGAUUUGCAGCAGCUCUGUCUGCGGCUGAAAACGGAGCCAAGAACAUUCUAGUCGUAGAUAAGUGUCCCGAAGAAUGGGUUGGUGGCAAUUCUUAUUUCACUGCUGGCGCCUAUCGAAUUGCCCACGGCGGUCUCAACGAUCUGUUACCGUUCGUCAACAAUGUUCCACAUGAGCAGGUGGGAAAGAUCGACCUUGCGCCCUAUACCGAGAAAGAUUUUCAAGAUGAUAUGGAUAGAGUGUGUAUGGGACGUUCAGACCCAGAGCUGGCCAAGACACUCAUUCAAAACUCUAACUCAACUAUCAAAUGGCUCGCUUCAAACGGCAUUCGCUUCCAACUGUCCUUCAAUAGACAGGCAUAUGAGGUUGAUGGGAGGAUUAAGUUUUGGGGAGGUCUUCACAUUAAGACUCAAGAUGGAGGCAAGGGUCUUAUUGAAGACUACCUUGCCGCGAUCAAGAGACGGGGCAUCAAGGUUUCGUGGUCAACAGCGCUCACCGGGCUGCAAAAGCGUGAAAAGGACGACAGCUACGACGUUCAGCUGUUGGUCAAUGGUCGGAGAUGCUCACUGAACGCCAGCGCCGUUGUAUUGGCUGCCGGAGGAUUUGAGUCGAACCCUCAAAUGCGAAGUCAAUUCCUCGGUGCCGGUUGGGACAUGGCCAUGGUCCGCGGAACACCCUACAACACUGGGGAUGUUUUGAAUAUGGCCAUCGAGAAGCUGGGUGCGAAGGCUGUAGGAAACUGGUCUGGGUGCCAUUCCGUUGCCUGGGACGCUAAUGCUGACCCAAAUACUGGCGACCGAGAAGCCUCCAACGAGUACACCAAGUCGGGUUACCCUCUGGGCCUUAUGCUGAAUAUUGAUGGCCAGCGUUUCGUCGACGAAGGUGUGGACUUGAGAAAUUACACUUAUGCAAAGUUUGGUCGGGCUAUUCUCCAGCAGCCAGAACAGCUUGCCUUCCAGGUUUGGGAUUCAAGAACCAUUGACUGGCUACGAAUGGAGGAGUAUCGAGAGGAGCGUGUUGAACGUAUUUUUGCCAAGUCCAUAGAGGAGCUCGCGGAGAAAUGUGGCGAGCGUGGACUUCGAAACACUGCAGCAUUUGUCAACACAAUCCGAGAGUACAAUGAAGCAGUUCACGCGCAUCGUCAAGAAAACCCCGGCGCCAAAUGGGACCCCGCCAUCAGAGACAACGUCUCAACUCAGUCUUCAAAGAAGAAGUUGGCUUUGGCCAAGUCUAAUUGGGCUUUGCCCUUGGAUCAAGGUCCUUACAUGGCAGUCAAGGUGACUUGUGGCAUCACCUUCACCUUUGGAGGUGUCAAGGUCGAUCCUCAAUCUGCUCAAUUGAUCCACGGGUUGACAGGGUCUCCAGUACCGAACGUUUUUAUUGCAGGGGAAAUGGUGGGAGGCUUGUUCUAUUCUAAUUACCCUGGCGGUAGUGGAUUGACAUCUGGCGCAGUCUUUGGAGCGAAAGCUGGGAAGGCUGCUGCCCAGGUCGUGACAGAGCGAAAGCCAUUGCAAACUGGUCAAGCGUUUCCAAGCCGUUUGUAA